CUUCCUCAGGCGACUGAGUAGGUUUUUUUUUUUUGUGUGUGUGUGUGCGUUUCAUGACAUCUGUGAUCCAAGAUUAACAAGAAUUACCUAACGGAUAAACUAUUAUUUCUUUUUUUUAAUUGGUGUAUUCAAUUGUUUUUCAUUAUGACUUUGCACAAGAACUAUGGCAGAUGAUGAUUUUUUUAAUCCAUAUUGAAAUUCACCAACCUGGCAACCAAGGUAGCAUUUUACUUAAUUUUGACUUUCAGUUAAGGUAUUGAUUUUUGAGCGAUUUGACACUUAAAUUAAAAAUAACUUUUUUAAAAUUUUUUAGAAAGUUUACUUCCUCAAACUUGCAACUGAAUUCACUUCAUCUGAUGGUUGAUGUUCAAUUAUGGGAUGUUUGAUUAUGUGGAGAAGAUAACAGAGAGUGUCAAGAUUUAGCUCUCAUCAGAAGUAAUAUAUUUUUAUCAUGCCAAUUCAUUUAUGGACUUGUAUAUACCCAUUUAAUUUUUACUGGUAUUUUUCUUGUGCAAAAUUUUUUUUUUGGGGGGGUUGACAUUGUUCUUUGCCAUUUUUUCAGGUAUUUUAUUAUUUUAUAUACAUAUUUUGUUGUUUUACAAACUAUGUCUUUUUUUUUUCUUAUUGCUUUGUGUUGAGGUUGAAAAGUGCUAUAAUGGCUGACUGGACAAACAUUUCUAAGCAACUGUCUAUAAAUUGUACCAGUGAGACAAAAGGUGAAUUAUUUGCAAUUUAUGACGAGAUUUGUUUUUAAAAAUAUUAAAUUGGAUCUACUUUAGUUGAUGUUCACUGGUCUCAAAGUUGUUUUAACCUUUACUUACAAUUAACAUGAAGGACUAAGCAUGUGUUAGGUAUAUCUAGUACCUAAAACUGUAUAGUAAAGGUACACUUUUUACACAAUUUUGCAUCUUUAUUUUCUGAAACCCAUCACACAACUACCCAACUUCCUUGGAUGUCAUUGCCAUUAGAAGCUGCCUUUGGUAAAUAUUGUUGCAGGAUCACUGCCCUACUCUUAACACAAACUUUAAUUUAAUCACCUGCUAAACCAGGCUGCUAAUGGUUUUUGUAGACAUGUUGAAACUAUCUUAGUCACACCAUUAAAAAAAAAAAAUCUAAGGUUUAAUGUCAGGUCCUUGUGUCUAUUUCCAGAACUUUGAGAUAAUUAUUUAUUUCUUUGUCGCAUCACCAUUGGACUAUUGUAAUAGUUUUGGCAUCAGCAGGUUUUCCCUUGAUUGUGAUUUGUCCAAAGUGGUGCGUCCCACUUCCUCACAGGUUCACACAAAACCUGAUUGCUCUUUAAUCUGGACCUUAGCUUUAAGUAAAAAUUUAAUCGAUAACUUAUUUAAAACAUAUAAGCAUUCACAAUUCUCACAGGCAAGGUGUGUUAAACUGACCUUUCCUCCAGAAAAAAGGUACACGAAGAGUUAUUAACAGGACAAACUUAACAACCAGAUCAGGUGAAUGGCCCCAGUGUCACUCAAUACUGUUCUUUUGACAACAGCUGCAAAUAGGAAGUAGAAUAACAGUUUACACAUUAUCCAAGAUUUUACAAUAAUCAGCUCCCAUUAUUGCUGUGCUUACAAGUGUAAUGGGAAAAGGCUAAAAUGUUUUUUUUUUGUUUGUUUGUUUCUCUAAACACUUUUGCAAUCCCAUCGCUCAUAUUUACUGGAACUCUUAAGAAUGCUGCUUAAUUUAAACUUAAUCUUGUAUUGAAAACUGUGGACAAAAUGUGACUCCAAAUUAUUGUGGCGUAAUAAACGUGAGUUGUAAAAUGCUGGAGAAAAUUGCUUUUAUGUCUUUAUACUCCUUUUAUGUUUUCAGCUGAGGAAUUAACACACCCACUCAAAGUCCAGUCCUCCUUUUUAAUGCUCCGUCUCUCCCUAUUCACUAACCCCCUGUCCUUGAUGUUUCCCUAAUUACUAUGACUCAAGACUGUGAAUGAAUAAGCAACGGUAACUGGUGUUUUUACGCUAACCUGUGAGCUGUAGGUCGUCCUCCUUCAUUUCAUCGCACAUGCCUGACGUGUAAAAGGCAAGGUUGUUUCUGUAACCAGAAUCUACUUGCAAUGUGAAAGGAGCAGCGGAUCGCCUCUUACGUUUUUUUUUUUUUUGUUUAGUUGUUUUUUUGUUUUAUUUUUACCCCUGAUUCUAUUCCAAGCUGCAGUCAUUUAGUAGAAGUUUUUAGGAAGAGCAUCUGGCCACCAUGGACGAAGAACUGAACAUCACCAUUGAUCCGGCGUGUCUACGGUUGGAGGCUCCACUGGCUCUGGACAUCAUAAUGCAGCUAGACACGUUUGGGCUUUGCCUCUACUCCAUGCUCUCCUUCAUGUCCUUACUUACCCUGCUGCUGUACCUGGAGCAGUGUGUGUACAUUUACAAAAAGCUGCCUUAUCCCAAGAAGAUAAGCAUUAUCUGGAUAAGCGGUGCUUCACCAGUCGUCGCCACCAUGGCCUGCUGUGGGAUGUGGGUUCCCCGAGCCGUUAUGAUCACAGACAUGACAUCAAACUGCUAUUUUGCAGUUGUGGUGUACAAGGUUCUGGCUCUGCUGAUUGAGGAGCUUGGAGGCAUGAGAGAUUUUCUACAACGAUUUUCUGGGAAAACCUUCAGGAUCAACACAGGACCCUGCUGUUGCUGCUGCGCCUGCUUACCUCGAGUCCCUGUGUCACGGGGGAUGUUAUUCCUGAUGAAGCUGGGAUCUAUGCAGUAUGCAGUCCUAAAAACAGUUUUCUCUAUCCUUUCUGUUAUUCUCUGGAUGAACGGCACCUUUCACCUAACCAACCUAAAUAUCAAUUCAGCAAUGAUUUGGAUCAACCCAUUUGUUGGUGUUCUCCUCGUCAUCUCCAUUUGGCCUAUUGGUAUCGUCUUCAUGAACACCAAAAUCCUAAUGCGCAGUCUGAAAAUUAUUCCCAAGUAUGCUCUGUACCAACUCACGCUUGUCCUGUGUCAGCUCCAGACGUCCAUCAUCAACAUCCUGGCCUUGAACGGAUGCAUCGCCUGCGCCCCUCCCCUCACCUCUUAUGCUCGCGGAUCCAUGUUGAGUCAGCAGAUAUUGAUUAUGGAGAUGUUCAUCAUCAGCCUCUUCACCCGGUCUUUGUACCGCAGAUUGUAUGACCCACUUCCCUCUGAGGAGCACGACAAUGAGCAGAACGAGAAGGCGGCCCUGAAGGCUGCUCUGGAGGAGCACGACGUUUGAAAGACGAAGGCGGAAUGUCAGCACCUGUGUCUGACAUGAAUAUAGGAGGCGUAUGAGUUAGAAAAUUAGAUAUUUACAUGUUUUACCUUAUGAUGUUUAAGGACAGGGUGCUUAUUAUUUAUCAAGUAAUUUUAAAAACAACUUACAGGGCACUUUUCAAAGUGAAUUGUUUGUAGUUUAUUAUCUUUGUAUUUAGGUGAUGGAAUUUUCUUUCUUCAUAAUUACAAUAUAUGGACCCAGACUGUGCUAAAUGGGGAAUGUUUACUUCUGAGUAUGUUUGAGCCUCCCCCCUACAACCAAACACAAACCCACUACCCAAAUAUCACUACUCUAAAAAAAACAACAAAAAAAAAACAGUAACUUUUCAGUCACUAAUUUAUCAGACCAACUAAAAAUUUUGUUUUUGUAUUUAGUCUCGAAUUUUACAAAUAACUUGUUUCGUGAGCAGCUCACUUUAUGACUUCAAUGUUGCCUCCCCCAGGACAUGCUGCCCAGGGCAAAAAGCCAUCUCACUCAUGUCAAAAACACCGAUUAAAAGUGGGAAAAGUAUUUUUGGCCAAUCACAUUGAUCUACUGGAUUCUUUUGCCUUAUUCCUUCUUAUGUACAUUUCUCUCAGAUAAUUAUUAAGUGAUAUUGAAGUCUUUAUUUGAAGUUCAUAAAUGGACGACGUUUGGGUUUACAUUUGAAUAAAGAUUACUUAUCUAAAAUGUAUUUAUAUUCAGUUAUGUGCCUGAGUGUGUGCGUCAGUAAGAAGAUGCGACUAUGAGGUGUGAUCUAAAAUGGCGACUAAUUUUGUAUCAAAGUGGGAAACGUACUGAAAAACUUUUGUUUUUUUUUUAUUUUAUUUGUUCAUUAAAGCUUAAAGUUUCUCACA